AAUCUUUUUUUUUUUAUUAGCAGCUUCGACCUCGAAAACCAGAAGAAAAAAUAAAACAAGGCCAAAAAAAUCGUUAUCGAUUGUGAUUUUUCCUCUGCAUUUAUUCAUUUUGUUUGUUUGUUUGUUUGAUUAUUUGGAAAAAAAAUUUUUUCUGUUUUUUUUCUCCAUUUUCAUCAUCAGAAACAGCGUUACAUCUACAUUUUUUAUAUGCCAUAGAUACGAGACGACCACAAACAAUAUAUCGCUUGACGACAAAAAAAUUUUCAUCUGUCAUUUGUGUCUGUGUUCGAUUGUCAAUCAGCAGCAAUAAUAAUCAUUCGAUUCGAUUCGAUUUUCUUGCAAAAAAAAAUGGAAAACAAAAGCAAUACACAGCUAUUAAUGUUUGGUCCAAAAGGUUUGAUCGAAAGUGGACAACGAUCAUCAACGGUUGCCGAUAAUUGUUUGACAAAAGAUCCGAUGUUUCAAAAACUUCGUCAAUAUCAUGAUGAAUGUGCCAACACAAUGGUCAUGAAUGACAUGUUUGAUAAUGAUCCGAAAAGAUUUGAAAAAUUUCAUUUAAAGCUGUCCACACCUUAUUAUGGUUUUUUAUUGUUUGAUUAUUCAAAAAAUCUUAUCGAUGAUACAAUCAUGAAAGGAUUGUUGGAAUUGGCUCAAAGUCGUGGUGUUGAAUCGAUGCGUGAUCGUAUGUUUAUGGGUGAAAAGAUUAAUUUCACUGAAAAUCGUGCCGUUUUACAUAUUGCCUUACGUAAUCGUUCAAAUCGUCCAAUCAUGGUUGAUGGUCAAAAUGUUAUGAUCGAUGUUAAUCGUGUAUUGAAUAAAAUGCAAGAAUUUUCUCAACAAAUCAUUGAUGGUGUUUGGACUGGUUAUAGUGGCAAAAAAAUCACCGAUAUUGUCAAUAUUGGUAUCGGUGGUUCAGAUCUAGGACCAGUAAUGGUAACCGAAGCAUUGAAACAUUAUCAAAAAGGUCCAAAUGUUCAUUUUGUAUCGAAUAUUGAUGGAACACAUUUACAUGAAACGUUGAAAAAAUUGAAUCCAGAAACAACAUUAUUCAUUAUUGCAUCGAAAACAUUUACAACACAAGAAACGAUUACCAAUGCUGAAUCGGCUCGUGAUUGGUUUCUGAAACAUGCCCAUGAUAAAUCGCAUGUUGCCAAACAUUUUGUGGCAUUAUCAACGAAUAAAGAAAAAGUGACAGAAUUUGGUAUCGAUUCAAAUUCAAUGUUUGAAUUCUGGGAUUGGGUUGGUGGCCGUUAUUCACUUUGGUCCGCUAUUGGUUUGUCCAUUUGUCUGUUCAUUGGUUUCGAUCAAUUUGAACAGCUGUUAGAAGGUGCCCAUUUUAUUGAUGAACAUUUUCGUCGUGCACCAUUGGCUCAAAAUUUACCUGUAUUAAUGGCAUUGUUAGGUGUUUGGUAUGUUAACUUCUAUGAUGCUGAAACACAGGCAAUUCUGCCAUAUGAUCAAUAUCUUCAUCGUUUUGCCGCUUAUUUUCAACAAGGUGAUAUGGAAUCCAAUGGAAAAUAUGUAACACGUUCUGGACAGACGGUAAAUUAUCGUACUGGUCCUAUUGUUUGGGGUGAACCAGGUACAAAUGGUCAACAUGCAUUUUAUCAAUUAAUUCAUCAAGGUACACGUCUUAUUCCAUGUGAUUUUAUUGCACCGAUCAAAACAUUGAAUCCAAUUCGUGGUGGUCUUCAUCAUACAAUAUUGUUGGCCAAUUAUUUAGCUCAAACGGAAGCAUUGAUGCGUGGUAAAAGUAGCGAACAGGCUGAAAAAGAGCUUCGUGAUCAAGGCAAAAAUGAUGAAGAGAUUAAAAAAAUUUUACCACAUAAAAUAUUCGAAGGCAAUCGGCCGACAAAUUCAUUUUUGCUCGACGUUAUAUCACCAUUCAAUCUUGGUGCAUUGAUUGCAUCGUAUGAACAUAAAAUUUUUGUUCAAGGUGUUAUCUGGGACAUUAAUUCAUAUGAUCAAUGGGGCGUUGAAUUGGGCAAACAAUUGGCUAAAACAAUUGAAAAAGAGCUACAAUCAAAAGAUUUGUUGAUUGAUACACAUGAUUGUUCAACAAAUGCAUUGAUCAAUAUGAUCAAAAAUAUUGAUAAUCAAUCAUGAUUUUGAAAUUCUAAUGGCAAUAAUAAUAAUUAUCAUUACUAGUUUUAUCACCGGAUUAGAUAGUUGCAAUAGAAAAAUUAUCAAAUCAAAUCAAAAAAAGUUUUUGUUGUUAAAAAUUCUUGGCAAUAAAAUUCGAAAUUCUUGUUACAAAUGUUCUCUAUUACGCCAUCUAUUGGCUUGAAGCUGUAAUUUUAUAAACAUUCCAUAUUUACCAUGUGUGAUGGUUUGAUUUGAAUAAAUACAAAAAAUCGCAAA